AUGGCAGGAUUAGAUUUCUCGGGAAUUCAACAGUUUGAUCCUCAUUCAGAGCCAAGUUCGCUGGCUUCGCAGUGGAAAGAAUGGCUGCAACGAUUCAAACGAUGUAUAGUCGCUUUUGACAUUUUGACAUUUUGACACAAAAGGACUAUGAGUUUCUCUGUACAAAUUCAAAGGACCAAAUCUCUUUACGAAAAACUAAAACUAGAAUCUAUGCGUUUGGCUCUUCAGAAGCAGUUGAGUUGAAAGGAAAGUUUGAAGUUCUAGUUAACUCAAAGCGUCGUGUUGCUGCCGCUACAUUUUAUGUCACAAAGGGAACUCAAGGCACUACUUCAAUUCUCGGUUGUGAGACGUCUACUAAUUUGCGUUUGAUUACCAUGAAUGUUAAUUCUGUGUCGAAAGUAUCGGCUGUCAAGUCGGACUCUGGAACUGAUACGAGUAGCUGUGAUUUGGAUGCGAGUAAAAGAAAAGAAAACCUAUUGAAAGGUAGGCACCCUAAUGUAUUUACAGGAAUUGGUAAACUAAAGGGGCAUGAACAAAAGAUUCACAUAAAUACCAAUGUACCCCCUGUUGCCCAAACGAACAGGCGUGUUCCAUUUCAUUUACGCAAACAGUUAGACACCUGGCUUGACGAUUACUUACAAAAAGAUAUAAUUGAGCCUGUAUCUGAUGAGAGCACUGACUGGGUGAGUGGACUAGUUCUUGCACCAAAACCCAGAAACCCCAAUGAAGUAAGAGUAUGCGGCGACUACCGCAAAGCAAACACAGCUAUAAAAAGAGAAAAACACCCAAUUCCUACAGUUGACGAACUGAUGGAAAGUAUGAAUGGGGCAAUUAAAUACAGUAAGAUUGAUUUGAAGGCUGGGUAUCACCAAAUUCCCCUUGAGAAAAGUUCCAGGUCCAUUACUACAUUUAUUACGCGUCGUGGAUUGUUUCGCUAUAAACGAUUACCUUUCGGUAUCAACUCGGCCAGCGAGGUAUUUCAGCAUGCUAUCGAGAAUGCCAUUCGAGGGAUAGACGGAGUUCGUAACAUCGCGGAUGAUAUAAUUGUUUGGGGGUCAACACAACAGGAACAUAAUUUACGGUUAGAGCAGUUAUUUGCUCGCUUAGACGAGUCCGGCUUAACCGUAAAUAAUGACAAAUGUCUAUUUGAUCAGAGAGAACUUUGGUUCUAUGGCUUUCUCCUUACUGAUUCAGGCAUAAAAGUUGAUCCAAGGAAAGUUGAUGCAAUUAAGCAUGCUAAGGAACCAAAGGACACAAAAGAACUCCGUAGUUUCCUAGGGCUAGCAAAUUAUUGUUCCAGAUUCAUCAAGAACUUUUCAACUCUUACAUCCCCCUUGCGAGAACUUACUGUAGCCAAAACACCCUAUGCAUGGACACCUAGACACACAGCAGCAUUUGCUGCUAUUAAAGAAGCUAUACAGAAAGACUGUAUCAUGCAUUUUUAUGACCCAAAUCAGAAAACAUGUCUAACAGUCGAUGCAAGCCCCACAGGUCUUGGAGCAAUAUUGUCGAACAUUGACAGAGCAGGUAAUUUGCAUAAUGUAGCAUAUGCCAGUAGGUCACUCACUCUAACUGAACAACGGUAUUCACAAACCGAACGAGAGGCCUUAGCCGUUGUCUGGGGUUGCGAACGGUUUCACAUGUACCUAAUUGGUGCAGAAUUCACAAUUUGCACCGAUCACAAAGCCCUUGAGGUAAUUUAUUCACCCAAAUCCAAACCACCUGCUCGGAUUCAACGGUGGGCUCUUCGCUUACAACAAUACAAAUUUAAUAUAAUAUAUCGCAAAGGCGAAGGCAACCCUGCUGAUCUACUUUCUAGACAACCACUACCUGUAGUAUACACUGAACAUUGUGACAUUGCUGAACAAUAUAACAAUUUUAUAGAGAAGAACACCAUCCCGAAGGCCAUGAGUAUCGAGUCCAUUAUUGCAGCAACUGCAGUUGAUCCAGAAAUGCAAUCAGCGAUUGAAAGUAUCCAAUCGGGUGUCUGGGCAAAGCAUCAUCCCUUUUAUGCAGUGAGAGAAGAACUCGCUGUCACACCAAACAGUCUCUUGCUCCGUGCAAAUAAGUUGAUCAUUCCAACAAGGCUUAGAAAUGAAACCAUGACACAUGCCCACAAAGGUCAUCAGGGCAUUGUCAAAACAAAACGAGCCCUGAGGACGAAAGUGUGGUGGCCGCGAAUUGACAAAGAUGCGGAAGAAUUUAUUAAGCAUUGUCACGCAUGCCAGUCUCUCGGGCAUGGUGAUCCGCCACCGCCUCUUCAACAACACAAAUUGCCCUCCAAACCAUGGGAUAGACUUCACAUGGAUUUUUGCGGUCCAUUUCCCACGGGGGAAACACUUUUUGUUGUCAUUGAUUCAUAUUCAAAGUUCCCAGAAGUGGAAAUAAUGAAAUCCACUACUGCCAGCGCCGUCACGAAUCGCCUGGACAGAAUUUCGCAGUUCAUGGCAUUCCCACUGAAAUCUACUCGGACAAUGGUCCACCGUUUGCUAGUGAUGCAGUGAAGAAAUUCAUGCGAAAUCGCGGAAUAAAUCACCGGCUUGUAACACCUUAUUGGCCACAGGCCAACGGGGAAGCCGAGUCGUUCAUGAAGCCCCUCGGUAAGGCUGUAAAAGCAGCGAAAAUGGAAGGAAAGGAUUGGAAAGAAGAGCUACAUGGUUUUCUGUUAGCUUACAGAACUACACCACACUGUACCACCGGGGUCGCACCAAGUCAGCUGUUGUUCAAUCGCGAAGUUCGUACGAACAUGCCAACUUUUGUAAAAGAGGGGGAUAUUGAUUACAAGAUUUUACACGAACAGGCUAAGAUAAAUACGUCAGAGAAGCAGUCGAAAGCGCAGCAGUAUACAGAUAAAAGACGACGAGCUCGGAAAGCAAACAUCGAAGUAGGAAUGAAAGUUUUGGUGAAACAAGAACGAAAAAACAAAUUUAGUACUGUUUUUGAUCCAACACCUUUGACUGUAACGAAAGUUAAUGGCACAAAGAUAACCGCAGCGAGACACGAUCUCACUACCACCUGA